AGCAGCGACAAGUACACGCUGCUCCCGGCACACUUUACCUGGGACGCAAUUUGGGAGGAAAUGCACAAGUUUGUGGAGUCUGGGCUUAGGGUGCGUGAACCCGCAAGAGCCACGAUGCGGAAGCUGCUGACGCUACACUGCCCUACAAUUCGGAUCCGAUCCCCGCGAAGCAACGUAUGUGAUGUAUGCGCUAUUUACCACGCCGGAAUGCGCGGAGGAGUCACGGCUGACAAGACGGAGGCACUCGGCCGCCAUACUGAAUCGGCUCGGCUCAUGCGGUAA